AUGGCGAAAUUUGAGUUCUUAAACCGGGUUGACUAUGCAAUGCAGGUACUCAGGAACAUAGGAGUGUAUGAGAAAAGAAGUAUUUGGCGAACCGGCAUGAGGAAUAGAGCAUCACUAAGUUUCUCAAGCUUAUCAAGAUUUCUCUCUUUGUGCAUAAACAAAAGAAAUGUUGGGGAGAUAGGGGAAAAUACGCGCAGCCAGAGGUUAGAGAAAGCCAUGAAGUUGUAA